CAUGGAAUAAAAUAGUCAAGCACAAUGAUGCUGCAGGCAUGGUUCGUGUCGGAAAUUUUGGGUGCUACGAUUCUUUUAAUCGCGGGGUUAUAUAUCUACUAUAAACUUUAUGUGUUCACUUUCUGGCACAAGAAAGGUGUGUUUUCUAUCGAGCCCACGUUUCCUACCGGAAAUAUAACGCCACUUCUGACCGGUAAAACAUCACAAGUGGAUUUCUUUAAAGAUCUUUACACACAGCACAAAAAUCACCGCCUCCUAGGUAUAUACAUGCUGUAUAAACCGCAUCUGAUGGUGAACGAUCCUAAUUUAAUUCGGGAGGUGCUGGCGAAAGAGUUUACGAGUUUUCACGAUCGUGGAAUAUUUUCUAACCCAGAAAUAGAUCCGCUGUCCGCGAAUUUGUUUCAGUUGGCCGGGAAAAGAUGGAGAACUUUACGGGUGAAAUUGACGCCGACCUUCACUUCCGGAAAGAUCAAGCAAAUGUUUCCGAUUUUGAAGGAAACUGGUGUCGCGCUGGCCAAAUAUUUGGAGCGCAAAGCUCAAUUAAAAGAACCAAUCGACGUGAAAGAAACUUUUGGAAUGUAUUCUCUAGACAACAUCAUGUCAGUGGCGUUCGGAAUAACUUGCGAUAGUUUCACUAAUCCCGACAACGAGUUUCGGUAUUGGGGUAAUAAAGCAUUGGAGCCGUUGCCUAUUCGGAACAGCCUACUUCUUUGGGCCCCGCAGGUGUUCAAUAUAUUGUCUAUACCGUACACUAACCGCGGCGUUACGAAGUUUUUUUCUAACGUGUUUAAUGAGACAGUAGAAUACAGGAAGUCUAACAAUAUUACCAGAAAAGAUUUUUUGAAUCAACUAAUGCAACUAAUGCAGAACGGUUACGUUGAUCCAGAUGACGAUGCUACCGAUGUGCAUGAAUCAAAAAUGGCGGAUAAUAAGUUGCCAUCUUUAGAAGCUUGUGCACAAGCGUAUGUAUUUUACUUAGCUGGAUUCGAAACCUCUUCAACGACAGUUACAUUCUGUCUCUACGAAUUGGCGCAACAUCAAGAUAUUCAAGAUAAAUUACAGAAUGAGAUUCGAACGGUUAUCGAACAACACGGUGAAUUGACGUAUAACGCUAUGAACGACAUGACUUACUUGCAUAAAGUGAUCUCAGAAACUAUGAGAAAAUACCCAGUGCUUGCUGUUCUAACUCGUACAUGUACCAAAGAGAUAAAGUUAGAUACCACCGACGUUACCGUACCUCUAGGAACUCCUAUCGUAAUACCUGUUUUUGGUCUUCAUCGGGAUCCCAGUAUUUAUCCAGACCCGGAUAAAUUUGAUCCAGAACGAUUCUCCGAGGAGAAUAUCAAAGCUAGGCAUCCGUACGUUUAUUUACCGUUUGGCGAGGGUCCAAGGAUAUGUAUAGGUUUACGGUUUGGAUUAAUACAAGUGAAAAUUGCCAUAAUAAACACAUUGUUAAACCACAGGGUAAAGCCCGUACCGGAUAAGCCGACUCGCAUGAAAUUUGAAAGUGGAAGUUUUGUCAUAUCGGUAGAAGGAGGUAUACAUUUACUUGUCGAACCAAUACAAUGA